CUCAUGUUACAGAACAUGGAAAAAUAACCAUGGUUACCUUCCAUCUAAAUUAAAAUGUCAUUCGUUCAACUUGUUAUGUUGAAAGUUUAAACUAUUUUUUCGCAAUUUUGUGUAAUUUUUUGUAUACCUUUUUGUAUACUUUUUUAUUAUAUCGAGGCGCCGUUUUUCGUACAUUUUCAAAAUUAUUUUAUGAAUCCAUAAAAAAUGUCUCGAAUAACGACCCGUAGCCAAGACAUAGAAGAGGAGCUUUCUAGUCUACAGCUAGAAGCAGACGAGAAAAGCGAACCAUCCAUAGCACUGGCAGGCGAAAAGUUGACGAAAUUGAGAAAAUUCGUACCAAAACCGAAGCCUGAAGUAUCCUCUAAAUUACGUAAAGUAUUGACUCCUAACAUAGCAGUGAAAAAAAGAAAUUUCACUGUUGGAACUGGCAGACCCAUUGGACCGCGGAAGCCAGAUCUAUCAUUCAAAUACCCAGACGAUUUGACUAUAUUCGGUUAUCAAGUAAUGGCCAAAGCGUGGAGGAACGAUAAAAGAAUAUUAAAUUUACAAAACAAAUUAAAAGAUAAAAAGGCCUUUUGGCAGACGUUAAACGAUGACAUAAACGAAAGGUUGUACGUGGAAGAUCCUGCAAAGGACACGCGUUUGUGCAUCUUGGAUAUCGAUCCCGAAUACAAGAAAAUCGUUAAAGCCAGACCAAUCAAAGAUAGCAUAUCUUUGGGCAGUUACAUCGAAUGCAUCAGGGAACUGUUAAAAACGAAAAUAACGCUUGGUUAUCGCGAGGAUGAUCUCGCUUUAGUGGACGCAAAUAUGCGUACAGAGCAAAGGAUGAUCGAGUUGACUAAUAACAAUUUUCAAAAAUACGUAAAUAUAUUCGAAGAAUUCUUAGUAAGGGAUCACGAAUCUGCACACGGGCUUCUUAUGAAUGCAAAUAAAAUGUCGAACAGUUUAUUAGUUGCCCAAAAAGAAUAUGAAAACUUAAAGAAAACAUUGCAGGGUUUAAAGAGUUCGCUGUUCAAAUCUGAAGCACGCUGGAAUGUUGCUAAGCUCUUUCAAAAAUUUCUGUAUGAAUGUACUCCGCUUUAUUGGAGAAAGUUGCACAGAAACAGCUUAAUGUUGUCCUUAGAACACAAGAGCUGCUUGGAGAUGUUCCAAGAGAUCAACGCAGAUGCAGAGAUCACGCUGGAUAACAUCCUUGAGACUAUUAACCGAGAAUGCAUCGUUCACGAAGUCGAGGAAUUGUAUUUUACCGAACCGGCACAAAUCAUGGACAUGCUGAGCUACAUGGAGCAGCAAAAUUUCAACAGCUUAGUCUACAACGCGGAGCUGCAGCAACCUUUGGCUCUGAUAAAGGAAGACAUGGAUACUGCGGAGGAUCACUUUGACAAGGAGAUAAAGAAUUUUCAAUUUUAUAUAGAUGGCUUGGAGAAGGAGAUCGAAUGGGAGGAGGAGCGAGUAGUGAAGUUGGAGGCGCUUGCGCAUGAUUUGAUUUUCAAUCAUUUUAAGGAGAUCAUUUCUUCGCCGGACGUGCUUAAUUUGCACUGCUUUGUUGAAGAUAUUUACGAAUCGGUUAUUGAGCCAAACACGGCGAAUUUGAAUGUUCAUCAAAUGUGUUCGCUGAUUGAAAGUCAUUACAGAAAUCAACUGUUCGUGCUUGACAAGAUCCCUGCUGCACAAGUAGUUGAAUUGCAAACUGCAACUAUCAAGCAAAGAGAUAAGAUGAUCAUUUUAGGAGAACAAGCGAUUAAAGCCCAUGCAGAAACAGAGAGUGCUCUUAAAGCUAUAUUGAAAGGUUACUCGCCGCCAUACGAAAAGCCAAGGCACAAACCUGUCAUGUUUAGAUCGGCUUGCCCAGAAGAAAUAAAACCACCGCCUCCACCACCAAGAGAACUAUCACAAAAGGAACAGGACUACUUGGAACAUUUGACGGAAUACUGUAAGUUCUACGAGGAUCCCAGAGAUUACGGAGUUGACAUAACUCAAGAAGAGGAAAAAAAAGAAACAUCAGUAGCUGUAGUGCAGCCUAAGGGACCCAAAUCACUGUCGAGAACCAUGUGAUCAAAUUUGGUUGAGUUUAACAGAUACUGGACAAACUUAGUAGGAUGCUACAGAAAGUACUUAUAGGGUGUGUGUUUUUAUAAAUUGUAAUAAAUAUCAGCGAAGCGUGUUUUGCAAUUUUGGAUGCAAAAUGAGUGACUUAGUCAAAACAACUGGAAGAAUUUAAUGGCCUGUGGCCAUAGAGCACACACUGUUCCUGUAUUUUAUGGCAUUAAUGUCUAAUAUAGCUGUAGUUCUAGGAUAGCUUGGAUAUUUUGCGGGCAUAAUGCAAAAUCAGUGGAUAAAAAUGAACAAAUUAUUACGACCGAGGAAAAAAUGGAAACGUUUUAAUAGUAAUUUAAAACUCAAUUUUUAUCAAGAUAUAAAAUUUUGUAUUAUGCCUACAGAUAGAUAUGCAAUAAAAACAACAUUGCCGGUCAUUAGCGUUU